AGAGUUCUGUACCAGCGCGUUUUACGGCAACACACUGAUCAGGACGCGUCCAAUAGAGAAUAUAGAGACGGGACUCCUACGCCGGGAGGAAUCGCACGGUGAAAAUCUCACACGGGGACCCUUGUCUCGGGAUGGCCAAGAUUGAAACCUCCCCAACGGACGACGAGAUGCUGCCAGAGGGCGAUGCGCAAGUCCUUGAGACAGCGGGAUCGGACUCGGACGUCGAGGCAUCGGACAAGUCGGAAUCCGACGAGUCAGAAAUCUGGGCCGGGCAAUAUGUACACUAUGACCCCAGACUCCCCAGCGUUCGGGCUCGGGUCGACAUUCACUUCAAAGCAUCCACGUAUUCGAGCGACACCUAUCCGCGGCUCCCACACGAGCUGGUCGAGCGCAUUUGCGAGUUUCACCGCGAUUCCCCGCUGGUGCUCGUCAGUUGCAUGAGCGUAUGCUGUGCUUGGUACCAUGCUGCACGCCGCCUGCUCGAGAGGCCAAAUCAAGACCUGAAGUUGCGGACCCAAGCGGACUUGCGCAGCUACGCGAACAGGCUGUUGUCUACCCGGAACACGGCUUUUAACAAAGACUUUGCGGUCUUGGAUAUUUAUGACAAUGCUCGCGAGCCGUUCGCGCACAUCUGGCCGAUACUCGUUCCUGGAAGCUUCUUACGGAACGUGUCCGAACUAACACUUCGUGGCGUUGACUGGACGACCACCAAUCCGCAUGAUUCCUUCGACAAAUGCCUGUCAAAAUACUGCAGCAUCACAGCCCUUACUCUUCGUGGCUGCUCAUUUCGCACCAGAAGGGAUCUACGCCGAAUAAUCGACGCACUACUGAAUCUCAAAGAGUUUGCGCUUCACGAUGUCAUACUGCAAAACCCAGGACCUGUUCCCUCUCAUAUCCCUGCACGUCACAAGAAACUCGAGAAGAUUACACUCUCUUCCUACCGGGGCAAACCGAUUUCUGGUGCGGAAGUGCUAGAUACAUGCACUGUGUAUUCAUCUAUCCGCCGGCUCGAAAUGGGUGUAUCAUUCUUCCCUUUGGUGUCGCGCCUCCCGCAAUAUCUGGAUCACUUCCCCCGAUUGCAGGAGUUGAGGGUCAAACAUGCUCUCGAAAUGGACCUACUGUCCAUGGGAGACACACAUGCACGCCCACUAUCAAAGCUUGCUUUUGACGAGGAGAUGACCGAGCCAAUUGCUCUACAGGUGUUGGGACUUCUGUCCACCCAUCAUGCAUGCAGCACGCUGGAGCACCUCAAAUUUGUUCUCAACUUUGAACCAUCUGCGGAAUUUCUCUUGCGCCUCACCCAUGUUCUGGACCUUUGUGGUCCUACGCUGAAGUAUUUUGACUGGAAUGUCAAAGCAGAGGUUAUCCCGCAACUCACAGCAAACACGUCACUGCAAAUUGUGUGGAUAACCAUUGUCUGCAAUACCCCGAGACUACGGACGAUUCAGAAGAUAUUCGAUGCAGUGCUAUCUAACAUCACAAGCUCACAGCUGGAACGGCUCAGCAUCGAGAUUCAUUUGGACAAUUCCGAGCCACUGUUCGACGCGACGACAAUAGAGAAGACAUUCAAGCGGGCGUAUAGUACUCCGGGAUCCACUUCUCAGGCUUUCCACUCCAUUCUCUCCCGUGACGUUUUCGACGGGCUUCCUGCCGCUGCCUCCCGCUAUUCAAUUUUCCAGUCAGGGGUAAAAAUCACUCUGUCCUUCGACGCUUCCGACGACGAUAUUUGCGAUCUUGCCAUGUGCGGAAGUGUCCGGAGACCUUCAAGCUAUCGGAGAAAGGGUUGACAGAGUUGUAUUUCGGCCAGCUAUCUAUGCCAGCGACUCUUCGCUCGCCCUGCUACA